AUGGAGCCCUCCGGAUCGGCGAUGUUCGCGCCCGAGAACAGGGCGCACAUGGAGUCCUCAUUCCGCGCGUUCCUGGCGCGCCCCGAGAACCGCCCGCUCGUCGAGGAGCAGCAGCGGCUGGAGGUGGCGGGCGCGCUGGCCCUGCAGGAGCAGGAGCGCGAGGCGCGCCUGCGAGAGCAGGUGCUGGCUCUGCCCCCAGAGGACCAGCGGCGGCUGAAGCCUGUGCUGCAGCACUCAGUCCUGCGCCGCCUGCUGCAGUCCCUCACCAACAGCGGCCGCGACGACGGCACAGCAGCCCCCGGGAGCAGCAACAGUGGGGGGCCGCCGCCACUGGCGGAGUGGGUGGAGAACCCCAGGGUCAUGGUCAUGCUGUCGCAGGCGGCGCGCGCGCUGCGCAAGGGGGAGCUGUCGGAGCAGGAGCUGGAGCAGCUGCUGCUGGGGCAGCUGCGGGGGCGGGACGGGAAGCUGCGUCCCGAGGCGGCCACCCCCGCAGGCAGCGACGGCGGCAGCGAGGCAGCGGGGGACUGGGGUGUGGCAAGCGGGGGCGCUGGUGGUGAGGGGCAGUUGGAUGCAGUGCUGCCCAACAGAGUGGUGCUGCCGAGCCACCUACUUGUCGAGGCCCUGAACGAGCACCUGGCGGAGCGCCGCGCGGGAGGCGCGGCAUACAGGGCCGGCGACGCGCCGCGCGCCUUGGAGCACUACCGCUGCGCCGUCGCCGUCGUCGAGUUUGUGCGCGGCGCGAGCCGCGAGGAGCAGGCCGAGGUGGCGCGCUGCCUGGCGCGCGCACUGUGGUGCGAGGCGGCGGCGCGGAUGGCCCUGGAGGAGUGGGGCGCGGCAAUAGCGGCCUGCUCGCGGGCGCUCGCCGCCCUCCGCAGCGGCGGCGGCGGAGGUGCGGUUGAUGCAGGGCACCAGCUGCAGCAGCGGGCGGCGGCAGAGUCGCUGGACGCCGAGUUGGAGGCGCGCGUGCUGCUGCGGCGAGCCAAGGCGCACCUGGCGCGCCACGAGCACCCGGUGGGGGCCUGCUGA